ACGUUUGUUUGCGUAACCGCCACGAUAUCAGAAGGAAGAAUAACCAUCUGAACGCGCCCUCUGACUUAUGCUGCAGUGACUGGCAAGUCGAGACGAAGUCCAGUCCGAAACAACAGACAUUUCACAAACAACGACUGCACUGGGACUACUGGGCUGAGGAUGUGCGGGAGGACUGCAUGCACCCUGGCGGCAGAUGAAGUCAGCCGCGCCUCCCAGUACAGAGACCGAGGAGGGCAGCGUCGACAGCCAAGGUGGAAAGACGGAGAUUCUGAUAAGUACCGACCUUCCUACAACAAGAGCCCCCAGUCUUUGAGCCCAGUCUUGUUGUCCCAAAGACAUUUUGUUAAGAAUGCCCCAGUGGAUGAAUGUGUGCUGGCAGUGAUGCGUUGGGGCCUGGUGCCUGCCUGGUUCAAGGAGAAUGACCCAAACAAGAUGCAGUAUAGCACCAACAACUGUCGCAGUGAGACCCUGCUAGAGAAGAAGUCCUACAAGGAUCCGCUGUUGAAAGGACAGCGCUGUGUCAUCCUGGCUGAUGGCUUUUAUGAAUGGAGGAGGCAGGAGAAAGACAAGCAGCCCUUCUUCAUCUAUUUCCCCCAGACUCAAGGACCCGUUCAUGUGAAAACAGAGGACCAGGAUGAGGGAACACCCUGUAAGGAGGAUCUACAGACAUGCAGUUCUGAGGAAGGCUCUGUAGACCAGAAAGAGGAGGACAAAGGAGACCAUGAGUGGAGAGGAUGGCGGUUGCUGACCAUUGCAGGACUGUUUGACUGCUGGACUCCCCCUAGUGGUGGAGAUCCCCUCUACACCUACACUGUGAUCACUAUGGAUGCAUCCCCUAAUCUUCAAGGCAUCCAUGACCGGAUGCCAGCGAUUCUCGAUGGAGAAGAGGAGGUCAGAAGAUGGCUGGAUUUUGGUGAGGUCAAGUCAUUAGAUGCCCUUAAAUUGCUUCAGUCCAAAAAUACACUGACCUUUCACCCUGUCUCCUCAUUUGUCAACAACUCUCGAAACAACUCCCCUGAGUGCCUGCAGCCAGUGGAUCUUCAAGCUAAGGAGCCCAAGCCUUCAGCCAGCAGUAAGAUGAUGAUGGGCUGGCUGAAGAGCAGCACGCACCCAAAGAGGAAAGAGUCAGACACUGGGGAAGUCAAACAGGAGGGGCACACAAGAGAGACCAGGCCUGAGAAGCAGCUGAUGACUGCAGGACCUCUCCAACAGUGGCUGCAGGGAGCCAAUAAGAAACCCAGGACCAACUGAGUGGGACAGAAACAUUGACUGACUGAAGAGAGAAGGGAACAGAUUGAAAAAUGUUGACCUCAUUGUCUUGAUAUUGCGGUGUGUUGAUUGAUGUGGAAGAGAGGAAAUGGUUUCUGAUUAUUGUUAUGUCUGUCUGGUAAUGGUUAAAGAUAAUUAUUAAACAUUUUUCAGAUUUGGA